GUGCGUAUCAUGUUUGAGGUACAGGAUCUGAAAUAUGCUACUCUGGCCACAGUGUCAAGGUGCGGAAUGGUCUGGUUCAGUGAAGAUGUUCUAAGCACAGACAUGAUAUUCAAUAAUUUCUUGGCCAGACUACGAAGCAUCCCUCUGGAUGAAGAUGAAAAGGAAGCUCAGCGCAGGCGAAAGGGCAAAGAAGAUGAAGGUGAAGAAGCAGCUUCUCCAAUGUUGCAGAUUCAAAGAGAUGCAGCAACAAUUAUGCAGCCCUAUUUCACAUCUAAUGGACUAGUGACUAAAGCUCUUGAACAUGCUUUCAAGUUAGAGCAUAUCAUGGACCUCAUUCGUUUGCGCUGUCUUGGUUCAUUGUUCUCUAUGUUGCAUCAGGCUUGCCGCAAUGUAGCCCAGUACAAUGCAAACCAUCCCGAUUUCCCUAUGCAGAAAGAGCAACUGGAGCGUUAUAUCCAGAGAUACCUGGUCUAUGCAAUACUGUGGUCAUUCUCUGGAGACAGUGGACUGAAAAUGAGAGCAGAGCUGGGAGAAUACAUUAGGAGAAUCACCACUGUACCGUUGCCCACAGCACCCAACAUACCCAUAAUUGAUUAUGAGGUGUCAAUUACAGGUGAAUGGGUCCCAUGGCAGUCCAAGGUUCCUCAGAUUGAAGUUGAGACACACAAGGUUGCUGCUCUUGAUGUUGUAGUACCAACCCUAGAUACUGUCCGGCAUGAAGCUUUGCUGUAUACUUGGCUAGUGGAACACAAACCCCUAGUGCUCUGUGGCCCACCAGGUUCUGGAAAGACUAUGACCCUUUUCAGUGCUCUCAGAGCCCUCCCUGAUAUGGAGGUGGUUGGACUUAACUUCUCUAGUGCUACUACCCCUGAGCUACUUUUGAAAACUUUUGAUCAUUACUGUGAGUACAGGCGUACACCUAAUGGAGUGGUGCUGGCCCCCGUGCAGCUAGGAAAGUGGCUGGUGCUGUUCUGUGACGAAAUCAACUUGCCAGAUAUGGAUAAGUAUGGCACGCAGAGAGUCAUAUCCUUCAUUAGACAGAUGGUGGAACAUGGAGGCUUCUACCGUACAUCGGAUCAGACCUGGGUGAAAUUAGAGAGGGAUUAUAUCCCAGUGGAUCAGGAAGAGCUGAGAGACUAUGUAAAAGCCAGGCUGAAAGUGUUUUAUGAGGAAGAACUUGAUGUGCCACUAGUGCUGUUCAAUGAAGUUUUGGAUCAUGUGCUAAGAAUUGACCGAAUCUUCCGCCAGCCUCAGGGUCACUUGCUUCUCAUUGGAGUUAGUGGAGCAGGGAAAACUACUCUCUCACGAUUUGUGGCUUGGAUGAAUGGUUUAAGUGUUUACCAAAUAAAGGUUCAUAGAAAAUACACAGGUGAAGACUUUGAUGAAGAUCUGAGAACGGUCUUAAGACGCUCUGGCUGCAAGAAUGAGAAAAUAGCAUUUAUAAUGGAUGAGUCAAAUGUACUGGAUUCUGGAUUCCUGGAGAGAAUGAAUACUCUUCUGGCCAAUGGAGAGGUUCCUGGUCUCUUUGAAGGAGAUGAAUAUGCCACCCUUAUGACUCAAUGUAAAGAGGGAGCGCAGAAAGAAGGCUUAAUGCUAGAUUCCCAUGAAGAAUUGUACAAAUGGUUCACCAGUCAAGUUAUUCGCAAUCUCCAUGUUGUGUUCACCAUGAACCCAUCUUCUGAGGGCCUGAAGGACAGAGCAGCUACUUCUCCAGCUCUCUUCAACAGGUGUGUCUUGAACUGGUUUGGAGACUGGUCAACUGAAGCACUGUACCAAGUUGGCAAAGAGUUUACAAGCAAAAUGGAUCUUGAGAAGCCAAACUACAUUGUGCCAGACUAUAUGCCAGUUGUAUAUGACAAGUUACCACAACCGCCAUCACAUAGGGAAGCUAUUGUGAAUAGCUGUGUAUUUGUUCAUCAGACCCUUCAUCAGGCUAACGCUCGUCUAGCAAAACGGGGAGGCAGAACUAUGGCCAUCACACCACGUCACUACUUGGACUUCAUCAACCAUUAUGCUAACUUGUUCAAUGAGAAAAGGAGUGAGCUGGAGGAACAGCAGAUGCAUUUGAAUGUUGGUCUUCGAAAGAUCAAGGAAACUGUUGACCAGGUGGAAGAACUGCGUAGGGACUUGAGAAUAAAGAGCCAGGAGUUGGAAAAAAAGAAUGCUGCAGCUAAUGACAAGCUGAAAAAAAUGGUGAAGGAUCAGCAAGAAGCUGAGAAGAAAAAGGUUAUGAGCCAAGAUAUUCAGGAGCAGCUGCACAAACAGCAAGCAGUAAUUGCAGAUAAGCAAAUGAGUGUGAAGGAGGAUCUAGACAAAGUCGAGCCUGCUGUCAUUGAAGCUCAGAAUGCUGUAAAAUCAAUAAAGAAGCAGCAUCUGGUAGAGGUCCGUUCUAUGGCCAACCCACCUGCAGCAGUGAAGCUAGCCCUAGAAUCCAUCUGUCUACUAUUGGGUGAAAGUACAACUGACUGGAAACAGAUACGUUCCAUCAUUAUGAGGGAAAACUUCAUUCCAACUAUUGUAAACUUUUCUGCUGAGGAGAUCAGUGAUUCCAUCCGGGAAAAGAUGAAGAAGAAUUACAUGUCAAAUCCAAGUUACAAUUACGAAAUCGUAAACCGAGCAUCCUUAGCGUGUGGCCCAAUGGUAAAAUGGGCAAUUGCACAGCUGAAUUAUGCGGAUAUGUUGAAACGAGUAGAACCUCUCCGCAAUGAACUACAGAAACUGGAGGAUGAUGCCAAAGACAAUCAACAGAAAGCUAAUGAGGUAGAACAGAUGAUUCGUCAUCUCGAGGCCAGUAUUGCUCUCUACAAGGAAGAGUACGCAGUGCUGAUUUCAGAGGCUCAAGCAAUUAAGGCAGACCUGACUGCAGUUGAAGCAAAAGUAAACCGUAGCACAGCUCUCUUGAAAAGUCUGUCUGCCGAACGUGAAAGAUGGGAGAAGACAAGUGAAACCUUCAAGAACCAGAUGUCUGCUAUUGCAGGAGACUGUUUGCUUUCAGGGGCUUUUAUUGCUUAUGCUGGUUACUUUGACCAGCAGAUGCGACAGAACCUGUUCACUACAUGGUCCCAUCACUUGCAGCAAGCAAAUAUCCAGUUCCGUACAGACAUUGCAAGGACAGAAUACCUUUCCAAUGCAGAUGAGCGUCUUCACUGGCAAGCAAGUUCUCUACCUGCAGAUGACCUGUGCACAGAAAACGCUAUCAUGCUUAAGCAGUUUAAUAGGUAUCCACUGAUCAUUGAUCCUUCUGGACAAGCCACAGAGUUCAUUAUGAAUGAAUACAAGGACCAUAAGAUCACUCGUACUAGCUUUUUGGAUGAUGCUUUCAGAAAGAACUUGGAAAGUGCAUUGAGAUUUGGUAACCCUCUACUCGUCCAGGAUGUGGAGAGCUAUGACCCAGUUCUGAAUCCUGUGCUGAAUCGUGAAGUCCGGAGAACUGGAGGUCGAGUGCUUAUUACCCUGGGAGACCAAGAUAUUGACUUGUCACCAUCCUUUGUCAUCUUCCUCUCCACCAGAGAUCCAACCGUUGAGUUUCCCCCGGAUCUCUGCUCUCGGGUUACAUUUGUCAAUUUCACAGUAACUCGCAGUAGUUUACAGAGCCAGUGUCUGAAUGAGGUCCUGAAAGCUGAAAGACCAGAUGUUGAUGAAAAACGUUCUGACCUCCUUAAACUUCAAGGUGAAUUCCAGCUGCGUUUGCGGCAUUUAGAAAAAUCUCUGCUACAAGCUCUCAAUGAAGUGAAGGGACGUAUUUUAGAUGAUGACACAAUCAUAACUACUUUGGAGAACCUAAAGAAGGAAGCAGCAGAGGUCACCAGAAAAGUAGAAGAGACUGAUAUUGUCAUGCAAGAGGUGGAGACUGUAUCUCAGCAGUAUCUGCCACUUUCUACAGCAUGCAGUAGUAUCUACUUCACAAUGGAGUCACUGAAACAGAUACACUUCUUAUACCAGUAUUCUCUCCAAUUUUUCUUGGAUAUCUAUCAUAAUGUCUUGUACGAGAACCCAAAUUUGAAGGGAAUUACAGACCAUACCCAGCGUCUCUCAAUCAUCACAAAAGACCUCUUCCAGGUGGCUUUCAAUAGAGUAGCUCGUGGCAUGCUACAUCAGGAUCACAUAACCUUUGCUAUGCUGUUGGCCAGAAUUAAACUUAAAGGCACAAUUGGGGAGCCUACAUAUGAUGCAGAAUUCCAACAUUUCUUAAGAGGAAAAGAAAUUGUACUCAGCACAGCAUCUCUCCCAAAGAUCAGUGGACUUACAACUGAACAAAUGGAAGCUAUGAUGAGAUUGAGCUGCCUUCCUGAGUUUAAGGACCUGGUUUCUAAGGUUCAAGCUGAUGAGCAAUUCUGUAUCUGGUUGGAGAGCAGUUCACCAGAGCAGACUGUGCCAUACAUUUGGUCUGAAGAAAAACCUGCAACACCUAUUGGGCAGGCCAUUCAUCGUUUACUCUUGAUCCAGGCAUUCCGUCCAGAUCGUCUGCUGGCCAUGGCACUUGCCUUUGUUUCAGCAAAUCUUGGUGAAUCCUUUAUGUCUAUUAUGGAGAAGCCAUUAGAUCUGACACACAUUGUAGAUACUGAGGUGAAACCUAAUACUCCUGUACUGAUGUGUUCUGUACCUGGCUAUGAUGCCAGUGGCCAUGUUGAAGAUCUUGCAGCUGAACAAAACACACAGAUUAUCUCUAUUGCUAUAGGCUCUGCUGAAGGAUUUAAUCAAGCAGAUAAGGCAAUAAACACAGCAGUGAAAUCUGGCAGGUGGGUGAUGCUAAAGAAUGUCCAUCUGGCUCCUGGUUGGUUGAUGCAGUUAGAGAAGAAGCUGCAUUCCUUACAACCUCAUGCUUGCUUCCGACUUUUCCUUACAAUGGAGAUAAAUCCCAAGGUGCCGGUGAAUUUGCUACGUGCUGGUCGGAUCUUUGUGUUUGAACCUCCUCCUGGUGUAAAGGUGAACAUGCUGAGGACAUUCAGUAGUAUUCCUGUUUCUAGAAUAUGCAAGUCUCCAAACGAACGUGCUCGUUUAUAUUUCCUCCUUGCCUGGUUCCAUGCCAUCAUUCAAGAACGUUUGCGAUAUGCUCCCCUGGGCUGGUCCAAGAAAUAUGAAUUUGGUGAAUCUGAUCUGAGAUCUGCCUGUGACACAAUAGAUACAUGGCUGGAUGAUACAGCAAAGGGCCGCCAAAACAUUUCACCUGACAAGAUUCCAUGGUCUGCUCUGAAGACAUUGAUGGCACAGUCCAUUUAUGGAGGUCGCAUUGAUAAUGAAUUUGAUCAGCGUUUGCUAAACACUUUCCUGGAGCGUUUGUUUACCACUUUGAGCUUUGAUAGUGAAUUCAAACUGGCUUGCAAGGUUGAUGGACGUAAGGAUAUUCAAAUGCCAGAUGGAAUCAGAUGUGAAGAAUUUGUCCAAUGGGUUGAGUUGCUGCCAGACACACAAACCCCAUCCUGGCUUGGUUUACCAAACAAUGCAGAAAAAGUUCUUCUCACCACACAGGGUAUUGAUAUGAUCAGUAAAAUGCUGAAAAUGCAGAUGCUAGAGGAUGAGGAUGAUCUAGCUUAUGCAGAAACUGAGAAGAAGGCAAGAACAGAUUCAACUUCAGAUGGUCAUCCAUCCUGGAUGAAAACACUGCACACCACAGCCUCCAACUGGUUCCAUCUUAUCCCACAAACUCUAAAUCCUCUUAAACGAACAGUGGAAAAUAUUAAGGAUCCGUUGUUCCGAUUCUUUGAGAGAGAGGUGAAAAUGGGAGACAAAUUACUUCAAAAUGUCCAUCAGGAUCUUGCCGAUGUGCUUCAGGUUUGUGAAGGCAAGAAGAAACAGACCAACUACUUGCGUACACUUAUAAACGAAUUGGUGAAAGGUAUUGUGCCUCAUAGCUGGUCUCAUUACACUGUACCUGCUGGCAUGACUGUUAUUCAGUGGGUGUCUGACUUCAGUGAACGCAUUAAACAACUACAGAAUAUUUCCCAGGCGGCUGCUUCUGGUGGAGCAAAAGAACUAAAG